UCCUAGACCGCGCUCCACUCCACAAUAACCCUCCCCAAGCCUUUAGCUCUCGAUUUCUUGCCGUCUCCCCGACAUUUUCAAAAUCUAAUCAAUUUAACGACCAUAUACCCUACCCAAGCAGCUAUACGCUAGACAGUCGCCAAAACAACCCCAUAACGCAGCAUGAAGGACGCCGUUGCUCUAACGAAUCUAUGCUUCGAGUCCCGAGAGCAACUUGACCUCGAACUAGAUCUGCUGCAAGGACGCGCACAAGAUGAAGCUGGUCAAGAGUGUUGCGACGCGUAUCUUUAUAUGCGGCCGCUCCGGGGAGAUGGGACUGUGCUGACGCUGCUGGAAGUGUAUGACUCGUAUGAGAAUAUGCGCAAAGUCGCCGAAGCACAAGCAAACCCAGACGUUGGAAAGCCCGCAGAACUCACCAGAUACCUGCCCCGCGGUGGCUAUCUCCAGCGCCCCACACCCAGCAGCACCCCCCUCAAAGACCAGUUCAUCUGGGUCGCGCGCAUGAAAGCGCACCCUGGGCAGCGCUCCGCGCUCAUUGACGCGAUUCUCGAGCACGCGAAAUUCGUGGAGGAGAAUGAGGAGGAGGCAUUGAGCUUUCUUGCGCUGGAGAGUGUGGAGGAUGGGGUGAGUGUGGUGGUGUUUGAGAGGUAUACGAAUGAAGAGUAUCUGAGGAAUGUGCAUGCGACCAGUGACAGUAUGGCGAGGCUGAGGGAUAAGUUGCGCGUCCUGGUGGAUGAGAAAUCGAGCACGGGGUAUGCUGCUGUGAGCGGGUUUGUUGAUAAACAGGAGGCACUGGUUUGAUGUUAUAUCCGGAAAUUUGCGCGUUCUCUUACGUCUUGAACGCCAUGCAAAUGAGAUAUGAAG